CAGGACACAGGUGGGCUUUGAAGUGACACCGCAAAAAACAGUAAAAACUAUCAAAACAGCGUCAGGACAUGUUGUCUUUUGCUUCCAGUGACUGCUGAAAUGUUUCCCAGCACAAUGAACGUGAGAAAAGUGGAAAGGACAGUUCUGAGUGUGGAACAGGCAGAGGGAGUCGGUGCUCGUGUCCGCAGGAGCAUUGGCAGAAAGGAGCUGAGGAACCUGGAUCCCUUCCUGAUGUUGGAUGAGUUUAGAGUGAGCAAGCCGUCAGGUUUUCCAGACCAUCCUCACAGAGGAUUUGAGACUGUAACAUAUGUCUUGGAGGGGAUCACAGCCCAUGAAGACUUCUGUGGCCAUUCAGGACGACUGAAACCUGGAGAUCUGCAAUGGAUGACGGCAGGACGGGGGGUGGUCCAUGCCGAAAUGCCCGUAUCGGAGGAGCCGGUGGUGGGCUUACAGCUGUGGGUGAACCUGCCGAGGAAAGACAAGAUGGUGGAGCCAGCGUACCAGGAGCUGAAAGGCUCAGAGAUCCCCAAACCCAGCCAGGGAGGAGUUAGAGUCGCUGUGAUAUCUGGAGAAGCUUUAGGUGCAAAGUCUAAGGUCUUCACAAGGACGCCAACCCUGUAUCUGGACUUCCGGCUGGAGACAGGGGCCCUACAUGUGCAGCCAGUCCCCUCAGGAUGGACUACAUUCAUCUACACUUUAUCAGGAUCCAUUCAUGUUGGCCCGGAUCAGGAGCAGCAGAGGGUGGAGGCCCAUCACACAGUCGUGUUUGGAGAUGGAGACUGUGUCAAGGUAGAAAACAAGGGCUCUGAAGUUUCCCAUUUUGUGCUAAUUGCUGGAGAACCACUCAAAGAGCCCGUGGUACAACACGGUCCAUUUGUAAUGACCACAGAAGAAGAGAUCAGUCAGGCCAUCAAGGACUACCAGAGUGGCAGAAAUGGCUUUGAAAGGGCCGUAAAAUGGAGAUCCAAGAUCAGAGAUUCUGUCUAAACACUACGCUGUUGCACUCAAACAUAUUUAUAGAGAUAUUUUUUUGUGAUAAUUAAGUACAAAACGAAGGUGGAAGUUUGAUGUUUGAAAACACUAAAUAUAUGCUGUAUGUACUUUCCAGCAUCUGUUUUAACUUGUUACAUGUCCAAGUGCUUCAUGUGGGAGUGAAUGACAUGCCCCAUUGUUAGCACAGUAGUAAUUUACCCCCUCUCCCUUGUAAAGUAUAGAUUUUUAGGGAAAAUCUGCAUCUAACUGCUCUGCACUUCCCUCGUUAAAUUUUAGUUCUGUAAUAACUCUGUAGCAGAGCUGUUAUGAAAUUCUGAAAGCUGCUUUCACACAUUGUUAUGAAGAUAACUUAGCAUACUGCGCUUCAAUUAAGUAUAACAGUUCAACCACUGUUUUGAUGUUUGAUGGCACACAUUCAUGUGCCGCAGAUUCUGCUGAAAGCAAUCAACUUUUAUUUAAAUCCAGCUGCUGUAA